AACACAUCGUCUUAUGCUUGGUGGAAUUGAUGGACUUGUGACACCUGACGUACUCUGAUCUACUCUGCAAGAGACUGAACUUUAGAUUUAAUCAACAUGAGCACAGAAAGAAGUGAGCAGGUCAUUGAUACCUGGUGCACCACAAUCCACACGCUGGGCAGGCAAAAUGCAAAGAAGGAAAAGAGUCUCCGCUACAUGCAAAAAGAUGGCAAGUUCCCUGUGAUGUUUCAACAGGCUCCUGGAGACUGGACCACAUAUUGGAUCGACAUCUUUACCAGUCUUGUAGAGAUCCGCUGGAGAAUGAUGUUCCUUAUUUUCUCCCUUAAUAAUAUUGUGUCUUGGCUUCUUUUUGGUCUGUGUUAUUGGUUAAUUGCCCAUGUAAAUGGAGACAGUGAUAAUGCAGAUGACGAUCUCUGUGUUUCAAAUGUGCGUGACUUCACUGGGGCAUUUUUGUUCUCAAUGGAGACCGGGGCGACUAUUGGUUACGGCUACAGGUAUGUAACCGAAAACUCUAUUGUAGCUAUCAUUGUGGUGACGAUUCAGACUGUGUUUAGCUGUCUUCUUGACACAGUUGUCAUUGGCGUUGUUGUAGCUAAGAUGGCAUCUGCUCGUAAGAGAGCCCAGACGGUGGGUUUCAGCAGAUGCGCGGUGGUCAACUUACGAGACAGGGUUCUGUGUCUGUCAUGGCGCCUCGGGGACUUCAGAGGUAAUCACAUCCUGGAGGGGGUCGUCAGGGUCCAGUUAAUCCGCUAUGUAAAACGGCCAGUGGGGUCACUUGUAAUCACUUACCAGGACUUAGAUAUAGAGGAACGGGAGAUUGUCCUUGCCACACCUACCACUAUUAUUCACAAGCUAGAGCCUGGCAGUCCCCUGUACAACAUGGGUCCUGAUAACCUGCGGGACAAUCGCUUUGAGCUGGUAGUUUCUUUCACCUACACAGGGGACUCCACAGGAAUACUCCACCAAACACGUGCUUCCUACACAUCAGCAGACAUCCGCUGGGGCCAGCGUUUCCAGGACAUGCUGAAAAUGGGCAAGAAACACUACAAGGUGGACUUCAGUCUGUUUAAUGUGACCACAUGGGUGCCGGUGCCUUUCCUCAGUGCAGAGGAAUACAACAGGAAGGGACGUCCUGCAGAUGGCACCACACUUAUACCAAUAGGGAAGAGAAACAGACACAUUGCUCAGGUGAAUAUUAACAUCAAUGAGGAGAUGAUCCUGCAAACAUUUUUGUAGAUGAAAUGACAAAAGAAAUCAAAAUGAAAU